AUGGCGGCGGGGGGAGGGCGGUACUUCUGCACGGCGGGCCGCGGGCUGGAGCCCUUCCUCGCGCGGGAGGUGCGGGCGCGGCUCGGCGCCACGGAGGUGGACUGCGUCUCAGGAAAGGUCUUCUUCAGCACGGAGGCGGAGCCCGGCGAGCUGAGGAAACUCAAGUCUGGAGAGCGACUGUUUUUGCUGCUUAAGAAACACACCCCGCUUGCAGUUUCUAGAAAUAAAGGGAAAAUGCUGCAUGAGAUUAAAAGCCUUGUCAUUGAGGAACCAAAGUAUUGGCUGGAUGUUAUCUCUAUUUGGAGAAACCUUCAUGGGUGUGAGGGGAAAAAAGACGAUGUCUCUCAAGAAAACCGAUUGCCUCUCAAGAGGAAAUCAGAAGAAGAGAUAAAUAUUACAACUAAAAGGCAGAAAACAGAACAAGUGAGAGAGACUGUGUCUGAGGAAUGGCAAGUGGAAGCUGGAGAGAGGUGUAUGGUACCAGAGAGAAAGAGUGAUCAGGACUGCUGGACUGAAAGCAAGACUUCCUUAGAAGACCCUUCCAAAAGCAGUGGAGAGGAACCUGUUGCGAAUGAGAAGCUUAGAUUCAGUUUCAGAGUUUCUUGUCGUUGUAGUGGAGCGAUUGCCAAAAUACUUACUUCACAGGAGAUCGGAAGAGCCGUUGGCAUAGCGUUCAUGAAGCAGUGUGGGUGGCGGGCUGAUCUGCGGGACCCAGAUCUAGAGAUCUUCGUACAUCUUAAUGACAUUCACUCUGUGGUGGGGAUUCCUCUUUUCAGGCUUCCGUUGGCAAACAGAGAGUAUAUCAAAACAGCAGGACUGCGAUCAACAAUUGCGUGGGCCAUGGCAUCUCUGGCUGAAAUCAGUGCUGGUGCCUUUGUGCUGGAUCCCAUGUGUGGGCUAGGAACGAUACUGCUGGAAGCUGCCAAAGAGUGGCCCGAAGCCUGUUACUGGGGUGCUGAUAUAAGUGAUUCACAGUUAGAGGGUGCAGAUGUGAAUAUUAGGACUGCAGGCUUGAUGGAUAAGAUUGAGUUACUUAAAGCUUCUGUGAAAGCAUUGCCGUUGCCUUCAGAAAGCUUUGAUGCUGUGAUUUCGGAUAUUCCAUUUGGGAAGAAGUUCAAGAUCACAAAAGACAUACAGCUCCUACCAGAUAUUCUCCAGGAAAUGGAGAGAGUACUUCGUGUUGGAGGCACUGUUGUAUUGCUGCUGAGUCAAGAUCUCCAUAAGCGCAUGGAUAGCGUUACCAAAUGUGCUGAAAAUGACUCUCCUAAUGCCAUUUCUGGUGGCGCAAGUGAAACCCCCGCUGCAAAAGCCCUGAAUAUUGAUGGGAAUUCUUCCUCCUUGGUGAAUGGUGUUGAAGAAUCCUUUCUCAGCAGCAGACAGACACGUUUUGGAUCUCUGGUGCCAGAUGGCGUCUGGGUUAGUCUUGGAAAGACGGAUGCUUUCAUAUACAAAUACAGGAAGAUCUCUACUGCUGGGAAUCAGUAGCUUUCUUGCGCUGUGCCAAAGUGAACUUGAAUCCUGAUACACUUGAAAAGCAGCAUGGCAGUGAUCCAGUGGAGCCCUGCUGAUCCGAACCCUGUGCCAUUUGUUCGCUCACCUCACUUCCUUUGGAUGUCCUAAGGCGUUGCUUUUCUGUCUUUGGUUUUUAGGAGAGGUGGAAGAUGUCUACCAGUGUUCCAGAUGUUUUUAAUGUAAAAUAUUGUAAUGAGACAGAGUCCUCAAAUCCUUUUUUAGGCAAAGCCUCUCAGUAUCAGGAGUUUCUUUGGGAGAGAAAGUCUUUAUUUGCAGAACUGCAAACACAAAUGUGGUAAUAUUAAAUAUAAAUGGAUUUUCACCUUCAGCAGUAUUUUUUAGAAGCACAUCUUGUCUGAAGAAGUUUCCAGCUCUUUUUGAGGGCUGGAUGUAUGCUUUACCUUGCAGUCCUGUAUUUAUUUUAAAGCUCGUUUCUGGUGAGUUUGAAAUGUUGCUAUUGAGAUCUCUUGGAGUGGAAAAUAAACUAUUUUCUG